GCGGACCGAGGCUAGAAGUCUGAAAGCCCAGGAGGUCCGCGGAGAGUCUCAGGGUGGAGUCCUGCGUGUCUCCGGACCCUGCUGCCCCCCCCCCCCGGGGCACUCCCGGGGGCGCUCCCGGGGCUUCCACUCUGUCUUCCCUCCUGACUGUCCCACCUCUGGAUCUUUGCGUUCAGAAUCCUAGGUCAAUUUCUCCCUUUGGAUGCCUCUCUGAGGCUUCCCCUCUCCUGUCUGCAUCUCUGUUCUCUGGAUCACACUGAAGCUGUCUCCAGCUGCCGUCACAGGCUUUGUUUCCUCUGAUCUGAAAUUCUUUUCUAUCUCCCACUGUCUCUACUUGAGAUUUCUAAUCCCUUUGCUCUUGUGUACCCCUUCCACACUGGAACCUGGGUCUGACUGCAUCCUCCUUUCUUCCUGGAGGAUACCUAGAAGACAAUCAGGGCUGAGGUCAUGGCAGUGCCUGCUCUGUGGCCCUGGGGAGUAUACUUGCUUAUGAGCCUGCUGUCCUUGGGAUCUUGCCUGGACACACUGGAGGUGUGCCCCAGUCUUGACAUCCGCUCGGAGGUGACAGAGCUCCGUCGGCUGGAGAACUGCAGUGUGGUGGAGGGUCACCUACAGAUCCUCCUCAUGUUUGCCGCCACGGGAGAGGACUUCCGAGGCCUCAGCUUUCCUCGCCUCACCCAGGUGACUGACUACCUGCUGCUGUUCCGAGUCUAUGGCCUAGAGAGCCUUCGAGACCUCUUCCCCAACCUUGCUGUGAUCCGAGGUGCGCGCCUCUUCCUGGGCUAUGCACUUAUAAUCUUCGAGAUGCCCCACUUGAGGGACAUUGGGCUGCCGUCGCUUGGGGCCGUGCUGCGUGGGGCCGUUCGUGUGGAGAAGAACCAGGAACUUUGCCAUCUCUCCACCAUUGACUGGGGCCUGCUGCAGCCUGCACCUGGUGCCAACCACAUUGUUGGGAACAAGCUGGGUGAGGAGUGUGCUGACGUGUGCCCUGGUGUGCUGGGGGCUGCUGGUGAGCCCUGUGUGAGAACCACCUUCGGUGGGCACACCGACUACAGGUGUUGGACCUCCAGCCACUGUCAGAGAGUGUGUCCCUGCCCCCGUGGGCUGGCCUGCACAGUAGGUGGCGAGUGCUGCCACAGUGAAUGUCUCGGGGGCUGCAGUCAGCCUGAAGACCCUCGAGCCUGCGUAGCUUGCCGCCACCUCUACUUCCAAGGAGUCUGCCUCCCCACCUGCCCUCCGGGCACCUACCAGUAUGAGUCUUGGCGGUGUGUCACUGCGGAGCUCUGUGGCCAUCUGCGAGAGGUUCCUGGACAUGCCACCGCCUUUGGCAUCUACGAGGGCAGCUGCCUAGCUCAGUGCCCUCCAGGCUUCACCCGUAAUGGCAGCAGCAUUUUCUGCCAUAAGUGUGAGGGCCUGUGCCCCAAAGAGUGCAAGGUUGGGACAAAGACCAUCGACUCUGUCCAAGCCACACAGGACCUAGUGGGCUGCACCCAUGUGGAGGGGAGCCUCAUCCUCAACCUUCGACAAGGCUGUCAGUAUUCUUCCUGGUCACGCCCUUGGCCACGCCCUCCGUGGUCACACCCUCCCUCCCUUGCAUGGUUCCCCCUCAUCCCUCCGUUCCUACCUCCUCGUUUGUCCCUCCAGCUCCCUUCCCUGUGGACCCAUCACCUUCCCUGGCCUGCUCCACUCCUAUCUUUCUCAUCCCCAGACAAUCUGGAGCCAGAGCUUCAACGCAACCUGGGGCUGGUGGAGACCAUCACCGGCUUCCUCAAAAUCAAGCACUCUUUUGCACUCGUGACCCUGGGAUUUUUCAAGAACCUCAAACUAAUCCGGGGAGAUUCCAUGGUGGAUGGGAACUACACUCUGUACGUGUUAGACAACCAGAACCUGCAACAGUUGGGGUCUUGGGUGGCCGCAGGGCUCACCAUUCCCGUGGGCAAAAUAUACUUCGCCUUCAACCCACGCCUCUGCCUGGAGCACAUAUACCAACUGGAAGAGGUGACCGGAACCAGAGGCCGGCAAAGCAAGGCUGAAAUCAACCCCCGGACCAAUGGAGAUCGUGCUGCCUGCCAGACUCGCACUCUGCGCUUUGUGUUCAACCUGACCGAGGAGGACCGCAUCCUCCUGCGCUGGGAGCGCUAUGAGCCACUGGAGGCCCGUGACCUGCUCAGCUUCAUCGUCUAUUACAAGGAGUCCCCAUUCCAGAAUGCCACAGAACACGUGGGUCCAGACGCCUGUGGAACUCAGAGCUGGAAUCUGUUGGAUGUGGAACUACCCCUCAGCCGCACCCAGGAGCCCGGGGUGACCCUAGCCCCCCUAAAGCCCUGGACGCAGUAUGCUGUGUUUGUGCGAGCCAUCACACUGACCACGGCUGAGGACAGCCCCCAUCAGGGAGCCCAGAGCCCCAUUGUCUACCUGCGAACAUUACCUGCAGCACCCACAGUACCCCAGGACGUCAUCUCCACCUCCAAUUCCUCUUCACACCUCCUGGUGCGCUGGAAGCCGCCGGUCCAGCGCAAUGGAAACAUCACCUAUUACCUGGUGUUGUGGCAGCGGCUAGCAGAGGACGGUGACCUCUACAUCAAUGACUACUGCCACCGCGGUCUGCGGCUGCCCACCAGCAGCCACGACACACGCUUCGACCGUGAAGACCCGGCGCUGGAGGCUGAGCCGGAGCAAGGCUGCUGUCCUUGCCAACACUCGCCUCCUGGUCAGGCCCUGCCUGCACUGGAGGCACAAGAGGUCACCUUCCAGAAAAAGUUUGAAAACUUCCUACACCAUGCCAUCACCAUCCCCAAGGCCCCGUGGAAAGUGACAUCCAUCAACAAGAACCCCCAAAGGGAUUCGGAGAGGCACCGCCGGGAAACUGGGCUUCUCAGACUAGGGAAAAACAACUCGGAUUUUGAGAUUCAUGAGGACAAGGUUCCCCGGGAGCGAGCAGUAUUGAGCGGCUUGCGACACUUCACAGAAUACAGGAUUGACAUCCAUGCCUGCAACCACGCGGCACACACUGUGGGCUGCAGCGCUGCCACCUUCGUCUUUGCACGCACCAUGCCACAUAGAGAGGCCGAUGGCAUCCCAGGGAAAGUGGUCUGGAAGGCGGUUGGCAAGAGCAGUGUCAUCUUGCAUUGGCUUGAGCCACCUGACCCCAAUGGGCUCAUCCUCAAGUAUGAAAUCAAGUACCGCCGCCUUGGAGAGGAGGCCACAGUGCUUUGUGUGUCCCGUCUUCGAUAUGCCAAAGUUGGUGGGGUCCACCUGGCUCUGCUGCCUCCUGGAAACUACUCUGCUAAAGUUCGGGCCACCUCAUUGGCUGGCAAUGGCUCCUGGACUGACGGUGUUGCCUUCUACAUCACCGGUCCAGAGGAAGAGGAUACUGGGGGACUGCGCAUCCUCCUCACUGUCACCCCUGUCGGCUUCAUGCUGCUCGUGAUGCUUGCUGCCCUUGGUUUCUUCUACAGCAAAAAGAGAAACAGCACGCUGUACACAUCCGUGAACCCGGAGUAUUUUAGUGCAUCCCACAUGUAUGUCCCCGACGAGUGGGAGGUCCCUCGGGAGCAGAUAGCCAUCAUCCGCGAGCUGGGCCAGGGCUCUUUUGGGAUGGUAUAUGAGGGACUGGCACGAGGACUUGAGGCUGGAGAGGAGUCUACACCUGUAGCCCUGAAGACAGUUAAUGAGCUGGCCAGCGCUCGGGAACGCGUUGAAUUCCUCAAGGAAGCAUCUGUCAUGAAGGCCUUCAAGUGUCACCAUGUGGUCCGUCUCCUGGGUGUGGUGUCUCAGGGCCAGCCAACUUUGGUCAUCAUGGAGUUAAUGACCCGUGGAGACCUCAAGAGCCAUCUCCGAUCUCUGAGACCUGAGGCAGAGAACAACCCUGGCCUCCCACAGCCAGCACUCAGUGACAUGAUUCAGAUGGCUGGUGAGAUUGCAGAUGGCAUGGCCUAUCUUGCUGCCAAGAAGUUUGUGCACCGGGACCUGGCAGCCCGCAACUGCAUGGUGUCUCAGGAUUUUACCGUCAAAAUUGGUGACUUCGGAAUGACUCGGGAUGUGUACGAGACAGACUAUUACCGCAAGGGUGGAAAGGGGCUACUGCCUGUGCGCUGGAUGGCCCCUGAGUCCCUCAAAGACGGAAUCUUCACCACUCACUCAGACGUCUGGUCCUUUGGUGUGGUGCUCUGGGAGAUUGUGACCCUAGCUGAACAACCGUACCAGGGCCUAUCAAACGAGCAGGUGCUGAAGUUUGUCAUGGACGGUGGAGUUCUAGAGGAGCAAGAGGAUUGUCCAAUUCAGCUACAGGAGCUGAUGAGACGCUGCUGGCAGCAUACUCCACGCCUGCGCCCGACUUUCGUCCACAUCCUGGAUCGCAUACAGGAUGAACUUCGUCCCUCUUUCCGGCUCUGCUCCUUCUACUACAGCCCCGAGUGUCAGCGGGGCCAGGCCUCCUUGCUGCCUACUGAGGCAGAGCCUGACUCCCCACCAACCUUAAAUGGAGCUUCAGACUAUGGUCCCCCAAAUGGGGACCCAGGACACUGAAGGGUCAACCUUUCCCAACCUGACUGGCCUGCCAUGGGCAGGGAAGGCAGAACCCAACCUUCAUGGCCAGCUGUUCCCCUCUCACCCCGAAUCCCCCUAAGACGGGUCAAGAAUUAGCUCAGCACUAGCAGAGAGCAGGUGCCAGAAAGGGAGGCAUCUGAACUCAUAGACGAUAGCCUAACAAACUCACAGGGACAGCCUGUGGGAGGGACUCACAAGGCAGAAAUGUCCUGCCCUCAGAGAGAAGCACUGCCACCGGGGCAGGGUCCAGAGACACGUCCCCUUCAACUUCAGGUGUCAACAGCUUGAAAGCGAAUGAGAGGCAGGCCUGGAGAUCUUUCUACUCCCGUUGGGGUCUGGACACAAAUGUCCACAGACAAUUCCUUCUUUCCCUGUGGUAGACUCCUCCUCUCUGCCCCACAUACCAGGACCCUGAGCAAGUGGGUCUCACACAUGGCCCUCACUUCUCUCCCCCUGCUCUACCCAGGGACCUCAAGCUUGGUGCUCCUCCUUUGCCUCAAGGGCAUCCCUUGAUGUGCAGUUUCCCCUUCUCCAGGUGUCCCCUGGAUUGCUAGCCCUGAAUGCUAAGGUUGCAAGAGCCUUGUCUCCCCCUCUCCCCCUGUCCCUUCUCCCACACAGCCUCUCCCGGGAAGACUGGAGAAGACUCAAUAAAUACCAAGGUCUGUUUGUAUUUGG